ACAAUAGUGGCAGUGGCAGCACAGCAAAAACUUAAUCAAAACACAAUGGAAGUUGAUCAGUUCGCGAUCGAAUGGAGCUGCACCGGCGAGGGAUCGCGGCUUCCCCUCAUUGACGAAUCGUCGGCUUUGGGAACGCAAGCACCCAAGGACAGGUUAAUAGCAGUGUUGGAUCAGGUUGAAAUGAGAGUGGAGCGACUAAGAAGAGACACAGUGCGAAUUGAAGAGGAGAAGGACUCUUUGCUCUCCACUCUAGACAGUGUGAAGCACUCGGAUCUCCUCACUGACAUUACUGAGUGUGACAAGGAAGACAUCGUACGGUAUGCGGACCGCAUUUUGGCGCGAGCGAUGACUGUAGACGUGGCCGUGCGCACCGAUCGCGACGCGCAGCAGGAGGAAGCUUUGCAUCAGGUGAACAUGUACAUCGAUCAACUCGUGAUGUCCGUCCACGGUGACGACGCUGUAGUAGCCCAUACACGUUGCCAAACCUACAUGAACGCCUGCACCUCCCACCCGGACCCCUCCAGCGGCACCGACAAGAACUUCGAGUCCGCCAUCUUGGGCUGCACAUUAGACGACCAGAAACGGGUCAAGAAACGUCUCCAAGGCUUAUUGGACUACUUCGCUAAGCUCAACAUUACCACCUGCUCGUGAGUCGAGGUUUUACUUCGGGACAAACUCGUCCUGAACUGAUCAGCUCUACUGCCAGCUACAUUUUUUUAUUUACACAUUGUACAGGAUGGAAAUGGGAGAUGCUCACACCGAAGUUUAUGUGCGAGUUGUACGCUGCAUUUUAAGUUGUAACAGGAUCUUAGAAAACGUGUAUGUCAGAUUAGACCAGUUUAUGGAGGCUUUUUCCAUUCGUAUAUCAGCUGAGCUGCCAUAGAUGUAGCUUUAUUCCGCUUCCCCGC